AUGGCGGACAAAGGGAUCACCGUGCCACGGAAGCCCGGCAAGAAAGUCGAUAUAAGAUUGCCACGGCCGUUCCCAACGUUCACGCAUAAAACAAAUCAGCGUCGUUCCCCACGCUCGCUCGCGGCCCACCCUCAAUGCGGGUCCGCGCCGAGGGAGGCGAGUAUCCCUACGGGUUCAUUGAUGCUCCGCAGAACAAUCUACCAAGCCAGUAGUCAGCAAAUUCUAGAUCAGCAGUGGUCUCGCGAAGCGGAGGAGCAUGCCGGCCGUAAAAAGACCGAGGGUGGUGGCAUGCUGGGUCGCACUAGGUCAUAUCAUCAGCAGCCGAAAUAG